CUCUCUGACACUGGAAAUUGUGUUUUGUUCUGCAUCGCAGAUGCACGGUUCUUUUUCUCUCUGAAUUUUCUCAAUUUCCCUUGCCAUCUCGUGAUCCCUACCAUUCUUAGAUGGCAGAGUUGAGUGUCUAGAUUACGUGGUGUGCUUAUCAAUGUGUGCAAGAAAGUGAUUGAGUGAUAAAUCGGGAAGAAAUUGAAGCAACAAGCGCCUCCGGAAGCCACAUCAUUAGGUCAAAGUGAGAGACACUUUCACCGCAAUUAUGAGCAGAAAUCGAGGCUCAAAUCCCGGUCCUGUGCCGGAUCGAUGGCUUCACUGCCCCAGGAAGUCAGAUGGCUUCAUAGCCGACAGGUUUCUGGCCUUCAAGACGCCUCUGGAUGAGCGUUUUGACUCUCAGUUGCCCGUGGAGGCUUGCUUCUCGCCGGACAUGGUGAUGCAGAGUCUCCGGAUGCACAAGAGACGCCUGGGAAUGUGGAUUGAUCUGACAAAUACGUCUAGGUUCUACGACAGACGGAUUGUGGAGGAUGCUGGGGCAGAAUAUGUGAAGUUGCAGUGUCGUGGUCACGGAGAAACGCCCUCGAGGGAACAAACUCUCUCAUUCAUAGAGCUAGUGGACAAUUUUAUCCUCAAUCAUCCCCUGGACAUUAUUGGGGUGCACUGUACACACGGAUUCAACCGGACGGGCUUCCUGAUCUCUUGCUAUCUGGUCGAGAGGAUGGAUUUCUCAGUGGAAGCCGCCAUGAAGGCCUUUGCAGACGCCAGACCGCCAGGAAUCUACAAAGGAGACUACAUUCGGGAGCUCUAUGAGCGCUACGAUGAUGUGGAAGAUACCCCACCUCCGCCAGAGCUACCACCCUGGCAUUUGGAAUACGAUGACAGCGAAAGGGAACCCAGGCAUCAGCCACAGUCAGUUGCCAGAGCGCCAAAACGUCCCUCAGAUUCUCCAGGAAGUGAUCAGGAGGACACGGAGGCCAAUGGCGAUGCUUCCGGAGAGUCCAGCACCUCGCAGCCGAAGAAGAAGAAGCGAGAGUUCUUAAAUCUCAAUGCCACUUUCAUGGCAGGAGUUCCAGGAGUGCAACUCGUGACGGAUCAACCAAGACUGUCAGAGCUUCAAGCUCUGUGUCAGGCCAUGUGCAACUGGAACAGCAAUGGCUUCCCAGGAUCACAGCCCGUCUCCAUGGACAUGUCCAAUCUCAAGCUGCUGCACGAGAAGCCCUACCAUGUGUCCUGGAAAGCCGAUGGGACGAGAUACAUGAUGCUGAUCAAAGGUGAGAAUGAGAUUUUCUUCUUCGAUCGCGAUCAUGCGUGCUUCGAAGUUGAAGGACUGAGGUUCCCUCAUAGAUCAGACUUCAAACGUCACCUGACCAAUACCCUCGUGGAUGGCGAGAUGGUGAUUGACAAGGUGAAUGGUCUGAGUAUCCCUCGGUACUUGGUGUACGAUGUGGUGAAGUUUGAGGAUGAGGAUGUGGGUCAAAUGCCGUUCCAUCCGACGCGUCUCAAGUGCAUCGAGGAGGACAUCAUCAAGCCACGCUAUGCAGCUUUCCGGCAAGGACUCAUAGAUAAGAACCGGGAGCCUUUUAGUGUGCGCCACAAGAUGUUCUGGGACGUGACUCAGGCCAGAGCUCUGUUGGCACCUAAAUUUGCCAAGACUCUGAGCCAUGAACCCGAUGGUCUGAUCUUUCAGCCAUCGAGGGAUCCCUACAAGCCUGGGCAGUGCUUUGAGGUGCUCAAGUGGAAGCCACUGGAUAUGUGUUCGGUGGAUUUCAAGCUGAAGAUAGCUGAGGAGAGUGGCGUGGGGAUUCUCAAGCGUAAAAUUGGGCUACUGUAUGUGGGACAAUUGACUGCUCCAUUUGCUCAAAUCAAGUACACAAAGGCUCUGAAGGAUCUCAACAAUAAGAUCAUCGAAUGUAAAUUUGAGAACAAUAAUUGGGUCUUUAUGCGUGAACGCACAGACAAAUCCUUUCCCAAUAGCUACUCAACGGCUGUUGGUGUCUGCAACAGCAUUAAACAUCCUGUCACCACGGAGAUGCUCCUUGAUUUCAUUGACUCAGGAACCAUGCCACCUCCUAGCAUCGCCUAAAAAAAUCAUUUCGACUGUGCGUUAGCUAAAGGAGAAUUUUUUUUGUUUACUUCUGUUACUUUUAUGAAAGAUUUGAGUGUUUUUAGGAGAAUUCCUGGUAUAAAGAAAAGGAAUAAAUUAUUCAGAGCAGAGAAA